CUCUCUUACAGGGUCAUAAUCUUCCUCUUACAGGGUCAUAAUCUUCCUCUCUUCCUACGAGCUCCAUCUGCAUUCGUGAUGCACACUGCAGCAGUGAUGGAUGCCGCGGUGUUCUGAUAAAGGAGGUCCGACCUGAAUCCCAGGGUUAAAAUACGGUUCCGGAAGGGCGUUGGGAAAUGCCCACUCUCUGUUCAACCCAGUGGAACUCUUUUUCCCUUUGAGGAGUUUACAAUAGCGAAGUACAGUUAUACAUUGAUAUUGUGUACUGUUAUUGUUAAAAUAAUGCUUGUAUUUAACGUUAUCAUUAUUGUAGAAAUGUAAAAAUGGAUGGUUUGCAGACUUGCCUUGGAGCUGGCCACUCCCCUUAUAGUCUCCGUGGAACGUCCCACCAAGCCUGGAUGAUCCUGAUCAACUCCACCUCCUGUGGUACACAAACACAACCAUCACGUUAUUUUCAGAUUGGUUUCUAGUGAAGUAACGUCUAGGCAACAUUUAGUAAUGAUACAAGUAUUUAGGUGAACUAGAGCAAAGACAAAUCAAUAUUUUUUUGUAUCAUCAGCAGCUCCUCUUCUACGUGGUCACUGUUACCGACAGGUUAGGUUAUCCGUGGCGAUGGCGAACGGGGUCUCGGUGGCGUCCAGCGCCUUCAACAGCCUCCUCUUCUGCCCCAGGAUGAGGUCUGUCUCGGCCACCAGCUUUUCGAUGUGCCGCUGCAGCUCUGACUUCCAGAAAUGGAUAUGCUGCAGUCUCUCGCCCAGGUGCCGCGUCCCCUCAGCUUGGGUGUGCAGAGUCCCAGCCUCGGUCUCCUUAUACAGUGUUUUGGACUCCUCUGGUGAGGUGAAUCCUCUGCGUUGUUUCAGUCUGUAACCACCUGGUGAAGGGUAGAGAAAGGCUUGAAGUGCCAUUCCUCCGGGAUGCCAUUCCUCUGAACGGUACCCCGCGGUAGCCAAGCCGGAGGAGGGAUACAAGUGUAUGUGGGCGAGAGGCCACUCUAAAAGUGUGCAAUGCCACAGAUGUCUCAAGUUUUGAGGGAGCAUGCAAUUGGCACGCUGACUGCAGGAAUUAUCACCAGAGCUGUUGCCAGAAAUUUAUGUUAAUUUCUCUACCAUAAGCCACCUCCAACGUUGUUUUAGAGAAUAUGGCAGAAUGUUGAAUAACCACGCCAGUCCAGGACCUCCACAUCCGGGUUCUUCACCUGCGGGAUCGUCUGAGACCAGCCACCCAGACAGCUGAUGAAACUGAGGACUAUUUCUGUCUGUAAUAAAGCCCUUUUGUGGGGAAACAAAUCAGUCUGAUUGGCUGGGCCUGGCUCCCAAGUGGGUGGACCUAUGCUCUUCCAGGCCCAUCUAUGGCUGCGCCCCUGCCCAGUCAUAUGAAAUCCAUAGAUUAGGGCCUAAUGAAUUUAUUUAAAUUGACUGAUUUACUGUAACUCAGUAAAACUGUUGAAAUUGUUGCAUGUUACGUUUAUAUUUUUGUUCAGGAUACAUUCUCAGGUAACAACAAAUGGUGGAUGGAUGAACACACACACUUUUCUAAAAUGUAUUCACAUGAAAAUAGGCCUGUGUUAGGUGUUCUAAUUACCUUUUUUCCAAACACCAAUGGACCAAUGUUAGUUAAGUAAUAUCUAGUCUGCAGUACGUUCUAAUAGUCUAGCUGAAGAUGACUCAUCUCACCAACAAGCAUAUUUUCCAACCACAACGUUGUUUUUCGAGAACUAUAAACACAUUCAUUCACCACAGCCACAAUUUCCCCUCAAAACACACACACACACACACACACACACACACACACACACACACACACACACACACACACACACACACACACACACACACACACACACACACACACACACACACACACACACACACAAACACUGAUUGACCAACAGGUGUAGUUAUUUUCCAUCAGGCUUGUGUUCACUAUUCAGCCACUUAAGAUAACGUUGUUACCUCAUCUGCCUCACACCUUCCUCAUUCCUCCCUUCUGUGUGUGCUCUCGUUCUCGCUCUCUUUCCUGCCUGGUUCACUUUCUCACGGUCUCAAGGGAGUAGCAGCUCUGAUCUUUAGCUCCACACAGUCCACAGUACCUCGUCUCCUCCAGGGCUCCAGUCCACAGUACCUCAUCUCCUCCAGGGCUCCAGUCCACAGUACCUCGUCUCCUCCAGGACUCCAAAAAGACAGUAUGGAGAAGAGCCAGUAUGGACCCCCGCUGGAUGCGUCUGCUCCCCCCUACCCCUACCCCGGCUACCAGGGAAGUGGCGGGGGAACAGCCUACCCCCCUCAGCCAGGCUACCAGGGAAGUGGCGGGGGAACAGCCUACCCCCCUCAGCCUGGCUUCCAGGGAGGUCCCCAACCCGGCAUGUACCCACCACCUCCCCAAUAUGACAUGGGCAUGGCACAACCUACAAAUGCCCCCAGCGUACCCCGUGACAAACGAGAACGAAGUUGUACAAACACAAGUAACCCAGGUGGUGGUGAUGCAGCAGCCGCUGCCUAGAGACGUGUCCGGCCAGAUGACGUGUCCACACUGUCAGGUCCAGGUUCUGACAGAGACCACACACACCACUGCACUACUCACCUGGGUCAUCUGUGGAGCCCUCUGCUGCUUCAUGUGCUGGCCAUGCUGUUUGAUUCCGUUCUGUGUUGACUCCUGUAAGGACGUAGAACACCGCUGCCCCAACUGCAAGAGAGUGAUCCACAUCCACAAACGCAUGUGAACAGACCAAGAUGAGACGCCUGCCACAAAGUGAUCUACCUGCCAGAAAGUGAUCAUCUACUGUAUAUAUGAACAGCCACAGUCCACUGACAGUUCAGUGCGUAAUCUACAUCAGAAAUACAAUAGUCUACUGUCUCUCUGAAAUGACUGCAGCAGUAAAGCUUCCUCUACUGUCUCUGAAAUGACUACAGCAGGGCAGCUUCCUCUACUGUCUCUCUGAAAUGACUACAGCAGGGAAGCUUCCUCUACUGUCUCUCUGAAAUGACUACAGCAGGGCAGCUUCCUCUACUGUCUCUCUGAAAUGACUACAGCAGGGAAGCUUCCUCUACUGUCUCUCUGAAAUGACCACAGCAGGGCAGCUUCCUCUACUGUCUCUCUGAAAUGACUACAGCAGGGAAGCUUCCUCUACUGUCUCUCUGAAAUGACCACAGCAGGGCAGCUUCCUCUACUGUCUCUCUGAAAUGACUACAGCAGGGCAGCUUCCUCUACUGUCUCUCUGAAAUGACCACAGCAGGGCAGCUUCCUCUACUGUCUCUCUGAAAUGACUACAGCAGGGAAGCUUCCUCUACUGUCUCUCUGAAAUGACUACAGCAGGGCAGCUUCCUCUACUGUCUCUCUGAAAUGACUACAGCAGGGCAGCUUCCUCUACUGUCUCUCUGAAAUGACCACAGCAGGGAAGCUUCCUCUGCUGUCUCUCUGAAAUGACUACAGCAGGGCAGCUUCCUCUACUGUCUCUCUGAAAUGACUACAGCAGGGCAGCUUCCUCUCUGUCAAUGGGAAUGUGUGACAGGAUAUUCUUCACCAUAUGUGCCGGCUGCAAAGUAAAAAUGUACUAUAUCGUAAAAAUUCAUGAAACCAAAAAUUUGUUUUUUGGUCUUAAUUUAAGGUGAGGCAUUAGGGUUAGCAGUGUGGUUAUAUUGGAUGACUUUGUGGCUGUGCUACUGAUUGUAAUGACGUGUUUUAAUUAAAUGGAUUUAAACAGAA